CGCCAGCAACUCUGUCUAAACGACGGUGCAACAAAACGAAUCUUCAGUCACCACUUCGGUGAGUACUUUCAGGAACCAGUCUUUGAGAUCUGGAAUAAGCAGGAACAUGCGUUGAUGAAGUUUUAGUCAGGUCUGUAGCCCGUGUCUUUCUGCCGUCGGACACCCCCUCCCACAAUGGCCUCCUCAACGGUGAAUGUGGUUCGCUAUACCGCCCUCCUUUCCGGUGUCUUCUACGGCAUUGCACACCGCCGAUCACUCCAGAAGGCUCACGAUGAGGAGAAGUUGCACCAUGCUGUUCACGAGCGAGAGCACUUGAUCCAGCAGGCUAAGGAGGCAUGGAAGCAGAAGCAGGAGGCUCCAAAAGACAGCAUUGUCACAGACCCAGAAGACCCACGCUUCGACAUAGAGAAGCUUAUCUCGAAAUGGGAGAAGGAGUACUCAUGAUAUGUAGAUCUGUCUCGCCUGACAGAGUUCAGCCUUUCGUAAUUUAGACUAAGGAGGGUUAUGCCAACUCCGUAUAUCAGUCAUUCCGCUUCACCUCCGUCAGAGGUUCAUAGAGAAUAUCCGUGAACUGUUGUUCAAUGUCCAACAUAUAUGUGCGUAUCACAUUUGAAGCGUAGAGUACACGUUCCUG